GCUCCCCUAGCAGUGUCCACCGCGGCCGCUUUCCGCCCUCUGGCCCGUUCUGUCUCUUCCCCGUCCCCCGAAUUAAAAGGGAAAAUUAACUGCGGCGGCGACAGCAGAAAUCCUCCCCCCCCUCCCCCUCCCCCAACCGCCUGAUCCCGCCGCCGCGUCGGUGACCUUUUCUCGACGAGGUUGCAGAUAUUACUUCGAUUGAUGGUGCAAAGAAAAUAAGUGCGGCAAGUUGAGUAGGGUGAUGUUAUUGAGUUUAGUAAGCACUAGAGAUGAUGGAUAAUCUAGCUAUUGUCGCGAAGGAGCUAGGUGAUGUGUCGGAUUUUGAGGUUGAUGGCAUCCCAAACCUCUCUGAGAAUGAUGUCAGUGACGAGGAGAUCGAGGCUGAGGAGCUGGCCCGGCGGAUGUGGAAAGAUAAGGUCAGGCUCAAGAGGAUCAAGGAGAAGCAGCAGAGGCUUGCUUUGGAGCAGGCCGAACUGGAGAAGUCUAAACCAAAGAAGCUGUCUGAUCUAGCCCUUCGCAAGAAGAUGGCAAGAGCCCAGGAUGGGAUUUUAAAGUACAUGCUCAAGUUGAUGGAAGUAUGUAAUGCACAGGGUUUUGUUUAUGGGAUCAUUCCUGAUAAAGGGAAGCCUGUCAGUGGAGCAUCAGACAACAUUAGAGCUUGGUGGAAGGAGAAGGUUAAGUUUGAUAAGAACGGGCCAGCAGCAAUUGCAAAAUAUGAGGUUGAGAACUCUCUGUUGGUUAAUGCUAAGAGCAGUGGAACCAUGAAUCAAUAUAGCUUGAUGGAUCUCCAAGAUGGUACUCUGGGCUCAUUGCUUUCUGCAUUGAUGCAGCACUGCAGCCCUCAGCAGCGCAAGUACCCACUGGAUAAGGGUAUUCCACCCCCGUGGUGGCCCUCAGGGAAUGAGGAGUGGUGGAUUGCUUUAGGCCUUCCAAAGGGUAAAACACCUCCAUACAGAAAACCUCACGAUCUUAAGAAGGUUUGGAAGGUUGGUGUGCUGAUGGGUGUGAUCAAACACUUGUCUCCGAAUUUUGAUAAGAUAAGAUAUCAUGUACGGAAGUCAAAGUGCUUGCAGGACAAAAUGACUGCAAAAGAGAGCUUGAUUUGGCUGGUUGUUUUGCAAAGAGAGGAGUAUGUUCACAGUAUUGGCAACGGUGUAUCAGAUACUCAUCUUGUUAACCUAGGGGACAAACAUGAGAGUUCAUACAGCAGCUGUGAUGAGUAUGAUGUCGAUUGUAUGGAGGAGCCUCCUAAGUCUACAAUAUCCAAAGACGAUGUGGGAGUUCAUCAGCCAGCUGUGCACAUCAGAGAAGAGAAUGGCUCAAGUAGUGGGAACAAAAAACGUCAUGAUAAACGCUCUACUCAAACACUGCCUAGUACUAAGGAAACUAAAAAACCACCAAAGCGAAGAAGACAUACCGGACAGUGUUCUGUUGAUGGGUCUGAGGUUGAAGGAACACAAAGAAAUGAUAAUAUGCCAGAGGUUUUGAGCAACGCAAUUCCGGAUAUGAAUAGCAAUCAGAUGGAGGUGGUCUGUGUCGCUAACCCGUUGACAAGCUUCAAUCAUGCCGGUACAAAUGGAGGAUCUUUACAACAUCAAGGAGAUGUUCAAGGGAACUUUGUACCCCCUGGUGUUGUGGUUAAUAAUUACAGCCAGGCUGCAAAUAUUGCUCCUUCAAGCAUUUAUAUGGUCGACCAGCCAUUAGCUUCUGAAAGUAAUGAUUACACAAACUCCUGGCCUGGAAAUACUUUUCAACCAGAUGUUGGUCUUGGAUCUAUUGGCUUUAGUUCUUCUUCACAUGAUUACCAGUCUUCUGCUGCAAAACACUCAGUACCACUACCUACGGAUAACCAUGUCCCUGCCAUGGGAACAGGAGCUUUGAACAGUUCUUACAGUCAUCAUAUGGCAGGUAGUGGGAAUUCAACUUCUGUUGCUGGUGACACGCAACAAAUCAUGAGUGAUGCUUUUUAUAUUGACCCCGAUGAUAAGUUUAUAGGCAGUUCUUUUGAUGGACUGCCUUUAGAUUUCAUCGGUAUUAAUAGUCCAAUCCCUGACCUCGAUGAACUCGAUGAACUGCUGGAUGACAAUGACUUGAUGCAAUAUCUGGGAACGUAAUGUAGGUGCUUAUUCUGUUGAUUGCAGCCCUUGUAGUUGAUCGCUGAGAAAAAGGGGUGUUUGCGGCCUGCAAAGAGGAGUUCCAUGACAUGCUGAUGUGGUGCUAAUCCUGCUACAGUAGAGAGUGUGAUGUAUUGUGUCUCUUUUUUGUAAUUUGUAGAGUGCCCCUUUGACAUGUGCUGGACAUGUCAUUAGCCUGUAAAAACUUGGUAGAAUCUUGCGCAGCUAGCUGGAGAAACUUCGCGUCUGAUGAAGAGAACUGAAUUUCUGUUUUUUCUUUGUGGCUAAGAGAAUCAUGAUGCA